AUGUCGGCCUCAAAGUCGGCCAAACCCAAUAAACAGCACGGAAAUGCGAAUCCAGCACGACCUUCGUCUUCCGCAUCAAACAGGAGAGACCAAGUAUACGACACGUUCAACGUUGCCCUCGAUGUAACGGCGAAUAUAGCCGAGGGAUCAGAUAUACUCGCUCCUCUAAAGGCGGUUUGUCGAGCAACGAAAUCGAUCCUUGAAGUCAUGCAGGCGAUAGAAAGCAACAAAGAAGAAUGGGCAGACCUAACACGGCGUCUGACGGAAUACAUAUCGACGUUCGAGGAACAAAUCACCUUGCUGGAGUCAUAUCCUCAAUCGGGCCGGCCAUUAGCAAGGCGUUCACUCGGCACCUUGAUCGCUAUGUCGAGUACGCUCCUUAAAGACAUACAUAGUACCGUCGUCAAUCUAAGGGAGAAACGCAGCCGCAGCAAACUCAGCCUCCUGACAGGAUUCAGCAAAUUCAAAAUUGAUGUGGAGGAGAUUCGUAAAUUCAAUCGAGACAUUGAAGACCGACAUAGGCAGCUCAUGAGUGCGUUAAGUAUCUUUAUCGCGGCACAUGUUCAAGCCCUUGAGCGGAACGCCGACGCCUCUACUAUACUCCAGCUGCCAACAGUAGCAUUCAUUGCGUCUUCCGUCCAUAGAACAUGCCUGAACGGAACGCGUGAGGCCGUCCUUCAGAUGAUCGGACGCUGGGCUAAUGACACUACCUCGGAAAAACCCAUAUUUUGGCUCUGCGACAUUGCGGGUUCUGGCAAAUCUACAGUCGCCAUGUCGGCAGUAGAAACAUGGCAGAAAGAGGGAGUCCUCGGUGGCCGAUUCUUCUUCUCCAUGGCAAGCAGUGAGGGAUCGACCACCGACAAGUUUUGCUCUACCAUAGCAAGGGACUUAGUACAUUACAUCCCCGAGCUCACCCCGCAUGUUGCUGAGUCCAUGAAGCAGAACCCUGCUUUCAUGCGAAGCUCUCUCGAGGAGCAGUUCAGGACGCUUGUCACUGGUCCUCUUCAUCAUCGCCAACAGCACGUAAUUCUUGUCAUCGACGCUGUCGACGAAUGCAAAUCUGGAUCACACCGGAAAGAAAUUCUCGAAGUUCUUUCCGGUGCUGUCCGAGAAAACAAGAACCUAAAGAUCCUUAUGACGAGUCGGCCGGACCCUAUCAUUGAAGAAGUUUUAGGGCCUCUCUCCAUCAAAUCUAAGAUGGAGGGUCGCCUCCAUGAUUCCAGUCAUCGUGAUAAUGUCAAUGACAUUGCGGUCUAUGUCCAUGGAUCGUUGGGGGAAGUGCUGUCGGAGGACAAGAAGCAGAAGCUGGUGGAAAAGGCCAAUGGACUAUUCAUCUGGGCGAGCACUGCGUGUCGAUUGCUCACCAGUAAAACUAGCUUCAGUUCACCCGAGGACACAUACGAUCGUCUUAUCUCGAUGGAGCAAACUGGAGCGAUCGACGACGUAUACGAUCUAGUGCUUGAGCGUACAGACCCCGAGCACCGCUCUGUCAUGUGCACAAUGCUCGCACUGCUGCUCGCUGCCUUUGAGCCACUCACGUUGGAUGAUCUGAACGAUAUCCUGAAGCACAACAGGAUGCGGGGAAGUGCCAAAGCGUUGGUGCAGAAUCUAGGGAGCAUACUCGCCUCGGAUGCAACUACCAAUCUGAUUCAAUUUCGACAUCCCACCAUCGUCGAGUACCUUCGACGCCGCUCCAUCGCCCCAUCUGUAGGUUCAAAUAAGGUACAUGUCAACAUCACAAAUGCGCAUGGGCAAGCCGCAUCUUGGUGUCUCAACCGGCUCAAGUUGCCGACAGAAGGCCUCAAGUUCAACAUAUGUCAAAUCGAAUCGUCUUUCUACCUAAAUAGACAGAUUCCGGACCUUGAUGCGAGAAUAUCGAAGUCCAUUCCACGACGACUUCGGUAUGCCAGUUUUCAUUGGUUAUUCCAUGUAGCGGAGACCAAUGAAAAGGGGAGAUCCAUGCUCAGGAAAGAGCUUCAACAUGCCAUCCAGGUUCCACGUGUGUUCUAUUGGAUGGAGGUUCUUAGCUUAACCGGAGGAGUGUCACGAGCUAUAGACGGUCUUCGAGCUUUGACACGCCACGCAGGGCUUGAAAGGGACACUGCAAGUCGCAUGAACGAGGUCAGACGGUUUAUCAUGGCAUUUUCAGUGCCAAUUCAGGACAGCACUCCGCAUAUUUACAUUUCGGCGCUUCCUUUUACUCCUAUAAAGACAGCACUGCAUCUUGAAGGCCUAAGGGAGUACACGAACACAUUAAAUGUGACUCGAGGGCUAGAAGAAGUGUACCCCGGGCUCCCCAGCAGUCUAGAAGGUCAUAAAUAUGCAGUUCGCACCGUCGCGUUCUCCCCGAAUGGUUCACGAAUUGUCUCUGGCUCGGAUGACAAGACAGUUCGAAUGUGGGAUGCAGACACUGGUCAGCCACUGGGAAACCCAAUCCAAGGUCACAAGGGGGGUGUCAACUCUGUCGCAUUUUCACCAGAUGGUUCACAGAUUGCCUCUGGCUCGGACGACAACACAGUGCGACUGUGGGAUGCCAACAGUGGCCAGCCAAUAGGAGAGCCGCUUCGAGGUCAUGAAGCUUGGAUUUGGGCCGUAGCGUUCUCACCAGAUGGCUCACGAAUUGUCUCUGGCUCGUCAGACAAGACAAUUUGCCUUUGGGAUGCAGUCACUCGCCAACCACUGGGAGAGCCACUCCGGGGUCAUGAUGGACGUAUUAACUCUGUAUCAUUUUCGCCAGAUGGUUCACAGAUCGCCUCUGGCUCGGACGACAAAACGGUGCGAGUGUGGGAUGCACACAGUGGUCAGCUGUUGGGAGAGCCCCUUCAAGGUCACAAUGAUACAGUUCGGCAUGUCAAGUUCUCCCCAGACGGCUUACGAAUUAUCUCUGCCUCGGAUGACUGGACGAUGUGCCUUUGGGAUGUAGCCACUCGUCAACCACUGGGAGACCCCCUCCGGGGUCAUGAUGGAGGUAUUAACUCUGUAUCAUUUUCACCAGAUGGUUCACAGAUCGCCUCUGGCUCGGACGACAACACAGUGCGACUGUGGGAUGCCAACAGUGGCCAGCCAUUAGGAGAGCCACUGCGAGGCCAUGAAGCUCAGAUUUUGGCUGUAGCGUUCUCACCAGAUGGCUCACAAAUUGUCUCUGGCUCGUCAGACAAGACAAUUUGCCUUUGGGAUGCAGCCACCCGCCAACCACUGGGAGAGUCAUUCCGGGGUCAUGAUGGAGGUAUUAUCGCUGUAUCAUUUUCACCAAAUGGUUCACAGAUCGCCUCUGGCUCGGACGACGGAACGGUCCGACUUUGGGAUGUAGACAAUGGCCAGCCGCUGGGAGAGCCCCUUAGAGGUCACAAUGAUACCGUUCAGGAUGUCAAAAUCUCCCCAGACGGCUUACGAAUUAUCUCUGCCUCGGACGACGAGACAAUUUGCGUUUGGGAUGCAGCCACUCAUCAACCACUGGGAGAGCCACUCCAGGGUCAUGAUGGAGGUAUUAACUCUGUAUCAUUUUCACCAAAUGGUUUACAGAUUGCCUCUGGCUCGGACGACAACACAGUGCGACUGUGGGAUGCCAACACAUUCUCACCAGAUGGCUCACGAAUUGUCUCUGGCUCGUCAGACAAGACAAUUUGCCUUUGGGAUGCAGUCACUCGCCAACCACUGGGAGAGCCACUCCGGGGUCAUGAUGGACGUAUUAACUCUUUAUCAUUUUCACCAGAUGGUUCACAGAUCGCCUCUGCCUCGGACGACGGGACUAUUCGACUGUGGGAGGCAGACACUGGCCAGCCAUUAGGAGAGCCACUUCGAGGUCAUGAAGCUUGGAUUUGGGCCGUAGCAUUCUCACCAGAUGGCUCACGAAUUGUCUCUGGCUCGUCAGACAAGACAAUUCGACUUUGGGAUGCAAGUACUGGUCAGCCACUGGGAGAGCCGCUCCGGGGUCACGAAGGUCGCGUCAUGAGCGUUGCAUUCUCACUGGACGGCUCAAAAAUUGUUUCUUGUUCAGACGAUAAGACAAUUCGACUAUGGGAUGCGGCAAUCGGUAAGCACACCUCGGCUUAUGCUUGA